CGCUAGCUGACGAUCGGUCGGUUUUCGGGUUCAGAUUUGUUUUUCUGUCUUCCAGCAACUCGGAGAUAAAGAAAAUACUGUGAAAUAUUAUCAAUCAAUAACCGUUCGGGAUCAAAAGUUUGUGCAUUGAUUUAAUCUUCACCUAUCUAUUUGCAAUUCCUGCAAUAUGUUCAGGAUAUUUCUGUGCGGAAUUAUUUUACAAUACGCCCUGCUAAUUAAUGCCACUGGUCUCUAUUCGGUGGUGGGGCCUGGUACCCUCCGGUCCAACUCCAAGUACAAUGUCGUCGUUUCUGUCCACAAGGCAGAUGGUCCGAGUCAGAUAAAAGUCAGCCUAAAUGGACCCUCGUACAACGAGACGAAGCAAAUCGAACUGCCGCCCAUGUCCACCCAGAAUGUGGAGUUCGAGGUGCCCAAAUUGGCCACUGGCAACUAUAAUCUUACUGCAGAGAGUCUAUCCGGUGUAGUGUUUAAGAAUUCUACCAAAUUGAACUAUGCGGAUGAGAAGCCAUCGGUCUUUGUUCAAACUGAUAAGGCCACCUAUAAGCCCGCUGAUCUCGUUCAAUUCCGUAUUCUCUUUCUGGAUGAAAACACCCGACCUGCAAAGAUUGAUAAGCCCAUAUCUGUCAUAAUCACAGAUGGAGCUCAAAACAGAAUUAAACAGCUAAGAGACGUCAAGUUGACGAAGGGUGUUUUCUUUGGUGAACUUCAGUUGUCCGAACAGCCUGUUCUGGGCACCUGGAAGAUCUCCGUCAGCGUGGAUGGUGAUAAUAGGGAGACCAAGUCCUUUGAGGUUGACAAAUAUGUCCUGCCGAAGUUCGAGGUAAUCGUGGACACGCCCAAGGCUGCCGUCAUUGAAGACAAGGUGAUCAAGGCCACGAUUCGCGCCAAGUACACAUACGGAAAGCCAGUCAAGGGCAAGGCUACAGUGUCCAUGGAACGGAGCUAUGGAUACUUUGGAAACCUGGGAGGGAACGACGACAAACAGGAGAAAACCAUUGACGUCGAUGGAAAGGGUCAUGUGGAGUUCGACAUUAUUAGAUGGACCCAAAGAGGUCAAUACUUACCGCCCGUUAAACUAUUUGCCGUCGUCACUGAGGAACUGACUGGCAACAAGCAGAAUGCCACUGCCACAGUUGUUCUGCAUCAACAGCGAUACAUGAUUGAGGCUUAUGAAAGGCCAGACCACUUUAAAGCCAAUAAGUCGUUCAUCUAUCAGGUUGUGGUGAAGAAUGUUGAUGGAUCCCCAGUCACGAGCUCUGCGAAAAACGUCAAGAUAGGCUUUACCAAUACGUUUACCUAUUUUAAUGGGAUGCCUCCUGUGUCACGUAUUAACUUUGAGGCACCUGUGAAUGAGAAUGGCAUUGCAACCUUUAAUGUUACGCUGCCCGAUAGCGAAUCCAGAUAUUAUCGUAUAUUUGCAUCAUUCGAUAGGUCGGUAAACCACCUCGGUUACAUCUCGAAGUUUGAGCCAACAAUGAUAAGUAGGGCGCCGCUAAAGAUUCAGGUGAAUACAAAAAAGCCUAGACUAGGCGAACGAGUUUCUUUCGAUGUCGUCUCGAUUGAGGAUCUGCCCUAUUUUGUAUAUACCAUUGUGGCCAGAGGUAAUGUGAUACUCAGUGAUUACGUGGAUGUGCCGGACGGCAAGAAAACAUUCACGGUUAAGUUCACACCAACAUUUAGCAUGGUGCCGAAGGCAACGAUCUAUGUUCACUAUGUUGUAAGCAAUGACCUACAGUUCGAAGAGAAAACUAUUGACUUUGAGAAGGAGUUUAGUAACUCGAUUGAUAUAUCGGCUCCGACGAAUGCCAAACCGAGUGAAGAAGUCAAGCUACGGAUUAAAACCGAUGCCGAUUCCUUUGUGGGUCUUUUGGGGGUGGAUCAGAGUGUCCUGCUGCUCAAGUCGGGCAACGAUCUAAGCCAAGAUGAUAUCUUUAAUAGCCUCAACAAAUAUCAGACAUCAACACCCUGGAUGAACGGCUAUGGGCGUUAUCCUGGUCAAACAUCCGGACUAGUGACGCUAACGAACGCAAAUUAUCCUUACAACACUGGUCGCCUUUUGAGGUUCCCUUAUGCAUUCGGAGGGCCUAGACACCAUCCGAGGAUUAUGUUCUCAACAUAUCGUGUUGGCAUACGAGGUGAACCUGAAGAUAGGAUGUAUUUCUCUGCUCCGAGAUUAAAUUAUGAAAAUCUAAAAGAAAUCCCUUUAAAACAAACACCCCAACGAACGACAAUCCGAAAAGAGUUUCCAGAAACGUGGUUUUUUGAAAACGUGGGUGCAGAGGGAUUCACCCUGACCAAAAAAAUACCGGAUACGAUCACCUCAUGGGUGGUUACUGGUUUCUCCCUUAAUCCAACAUCCGGAAUUGCUUUAACUAAGAGUCCGAGCAAGAUUCGAGUAUUCCAGCCCUUCUUUGUGUCCACAAACCUGCCGUAUUCCGUAAAGCGAGGUGAGGUAAUUGCUAUUCCCGUGGUCAUAUUCAACUACCUGGAUAAGACCCUUGAUGCAGAUGUAGUCAUGGACAACUCUGAUCAGGAAUAUGAAUUCACCGAGGCUACCAAUGAGGUGUUGGAGAAGGCCAUCGAUGAGGUGCGCCGGGUCAAAAGGGUGACGAUAUCGGCCAAUAGUGGCAAGAGUGUUUCAUUUAUGAUCCGACCAAAGUCUGUAGGAUUCACGACCCUGAAAAUCACAGCCACCUCUGCCUUGGCCGGCGAUACUAUUCACCAGAAGUUAAAGGUUGAACCGGAGGGCGUAACCCAGUUUGAGAACCGGGCUGUCUUUAUCAACCUCAAGGAUCAGCCGGAGAUGUCUCAGUCCCUGGAUGCCGAAAUUCCCAGCGAGGUCGUGCCCCAAUCCGAAUUUAUAGAGUUCUCUGUGGUUGGUGAUCUUCUGGGACCGACGCUCCAGAAUCUCGACAAUCUGGUGCGUAUGCCGUACGGCUGCGGAGAGCAAAACAUGGUAAACUUUGUGCCCAAUAUCUUGGUGCUGAAAUACCUCGAGGUUACUAGUCGAAAGCUUCCGUCCGUGGAGUCAAAGGCUAGAAAGUUCCUGGAGAUCGGCUACCAGAGGGAACUGACCUACAAGCACGACGAUGGUUCCUAUAGUGCGUUUGGAAAGUCGGACGCUUCGGGCAGCACCUGGCUCACCGCCUAUGUCAUGCGUUCCUUCCAUCAAGCUGGAACAUACACGGAUAUUGAUCCCAACGUUAUUACUGCUGGUCUUGACUUCCUUGUAUCGAAGCAGAAGGAGAGUGGCGAGUUCCCGGAGGUCGGCAAACUUUUCGACAACGCGAACCAAAACCCAUUGGCUCUAACUUCGUUCGUUCUGCUAGCUUUCUUCGAGAAUCAUGAACUGAUCCCGAAGUACCAAGAUGUCAUUGAGAAGGCAGUUCGCUAUGUGGCCGAAGAGGCUGACAAGACGGACGACCAGUAUUCCUUGGCCAUUGCCGCCGUGGCACUCCAACUGGCCAAGCACCCUCAGGCGGAGAAGGUCCUUGCUAAGCUGGAGAGCGUGGCCCGAAACGAAAAUGAUCGAAUGUGGUGGUCUAAGGCCACGGAAUCCACUGGUGAGGAUGGACGAGUUUUUCACUGGAAACCUCGCAGUAACGACGUCGAGAUCACCUCAUAUGUUCUGCUUGCGCUUCUUGAAAAGGAUCCGGCUGAGAAGGCCCUGCCCAUCAUCAAGUGGCUGAUAUCGCAGCGCAACAGCAACGGAGGAUUCUCCUCCACUCAGGACACUGUGAUUGGUCUCCAGGCGCUCACGAAAUUCGCUUAUAAGACGGGCUCUGGCUCAGGCACCAUGGAUAUUGAGUUCUCAUCUGUGGGUGAAUCCAAUAAUACAAUCAAGGUUAACCCAGAGAAUUCCCUGGUUCUGCAGACCCAUGUCCUGCCAAAGAGCACUCGCAAGGUAGACUUUACAGCCAAGGGAACAGGAUCUGCAAUGGUCCAGCUCUCCUAUCGGUACAACCUAGCGGAGAAAGAGAAGAAGCCCAGUUUCAAGGUAACUCCCACGGUCAAGGACACGCCCAACCAGCUACUGGUGGUGGACAUCUGUGCCGAGUACGUGCCCUUAGAAGACGCCGACAAGGAGAAGGACUCCAACAUGGCAGUGAUGGAAAUCGCACUGCCCUCAGGGUUCGUUGGUGACGCCGAAAGCUUGGGCAAAAUCCAUGCGGUGGAUCGGGUGAAGCGCGUAGAGACCAAGAACUCCGACUCCACGGUGGUCGUCUACUUUGACAGCUUAACUCCCGGUGAUGUUCGUUGCUUGCCGUUGGAGGCCUCCAAGGCUCACGCGGUGGCCAAGCAGAAGCCCGCCUCCGUUUCCCUAUACGACUACUAUGACACGGAUCGCAAGGCCACCGAGUACUACCAGGUGAAGUCCUCCCUGUGCGACAUCUGCGAGGGCGCCGACUGCGGAGAGGGCUGCAAGAAGGACUGAGGUCCUGGAGUCAAACGAUGGUGAAAACCUUUAGAAGUAGUAUCAACAAACAUUCCUUUGGAAUUAUUAAAUAAAAAACAUAUAUUGUGUGCAUUCAAAUUAA